AAACAGGACUUUAAUAUGGAUACAGAUCUCAGAGACAAUAGAAACAGGACACUUGCAACAGAGAACAUCUCUGCAUCUUCAAAGGGUUCUAAUUUUCCUAACUGGGAAGACUAUAAAAACAGUGUAGAUGACAUACAGUACUUUCUGAUUGGGCUUUAUACUUUUAUCAGCCUUGCUGGCUUUUUGGGAAACCUGCUUAUUCUUGUGACUGUAAUGAAGUGCAAACAAAAAACAAUUAUAAACUUCCUCAUCGGAAACUUAGCUCUUUCAGACAUUUUAGUGGUAGUCUUUUGCUGUCCCUUCACAUUAACAUCAGUUCUACUUGAUCAGUGGAUAUUUGGCAAAGUCAUGUGCACUGUUAUGCCCUUCCUCCAAUGUGUGUCUGUCCUGGUUUCUACCUGGAUGUUGAUCUCCAUCGCUGUUGUCCGAUACUGGUUGAUUCGCCACCCUCUUUCCAACAACCUGACACUGAAACAUGGCUGUUACUUAAUUUUGGCCAUCUGGACUCUUGGUUUAGCCAUUUGUUCUCCUUUACUGGUUUUCCACAAGAUCAUAGAUCUUCAGGAUGCUGUUGAUCUUGAAGUGCUGAAAAGCAAGCAGUUGUGUGUUGAAUCAUGGCCAUCUGAUUGGUACAGAAUUGCAUUCACAAUUUCCCUAUUGCUCAUGCAGUACAUUUUGCCUUUGGUUUGUUUAACUGUAAGCCACACCAGGGUCUGCAAGUCUGUAAAUUCCAGAUUGUCAGGCAGAGCAAAUAGACUGGAAGAGAAUGAGAUGAUCAACUUAACCCUCCAUGAACCCAAGAAUCUUGCUCGUCAGGGACAGCAAUCUAGUCCUGAGAAGUGGAGUUACACUUUGAUUAAGAAACAUCGGAGGAGGUACAGUAAGAAGACUGCUAGUGUGAUGCCAAAAAUUCUAAGGCACCAUCAGGAUAAUUGUUCUGGAGACCCUCCUGAAAUAUCUGGUACAGAAAGAAGUCAUAUUUCAUCAUCCAGCAAAUUUUUACCAGGAAUACCCAUUUGCUUUGAGGUGAAAGCAGGGAAUUUGGAAACGCAGGAUGGAGUCACAGUAGCCCAACCCACCAUUCAAACUAAGAAAAGGUCUCGGAAGGUUUUCUGGAGACUGACAAUGCUGAUCUUAGUUUUUGCAGUCAGCUGGAUGCCUCUUCAUGUUUUCUAUGUGGUCACAGAUUUUAAUGGCAGUCUCAUCUCAAAUAAGCAUUUUAAACUGGUGUUCUGUAUUUGUCAUUUGGUAGGCAUGAUGUCCUGCUGCCUAAACCCCAUUUUAUAUGGAUUCCUUAACAAUGGCAUAAAAGCUGACUUGAUGGCCCUUAUUCCCUGCUUACAAAUAUCAUGA